ACUCGGCCCGCCAUUUUUUGCAUUUUGAUCGCCAAAAUGAGGUACCUAGUACCUGAUACUUUUUUAGUCUCAUCUACGUCGAGGUUCCAAGAGAGCUGAUCCGCUAUGAAGCGCAUGUGUGCUAUGAAGACCCGCCCACGUUGAAGAGGUGCUUUCUAGAUGGAAAAACGACGUGCCACGGUGCCUGGAAUCAAACCAAGUUGUGCCACGCUAAGUCUUGACAAGUUGAGCUGGUGCUGUCGGUGGAAAAGGGGCAUUAGUACAUUAACUCUAGUCGACCACCUUAAGACCAGGUGUAUUAGCACCCUAACUCUGGUCGACCACCUUAAGACCAGGUGUAUUAGCACCCUAACUCUAGUCGACCACCUUAAGACCAGGUGUAUUAGCACCCUAACUCUAGUCGACCACCUUAAGACCAGGUGUAUUAGCACCCUAACUCUAGUCGACCACCUUAAGACCAGGUGUAUUAGCACCCUAACUCUAGUCGACCACCUUAAGACCAGGUGUAUUAGUACAUUAACUCUGUAGUGUACUACCUUUUAACCAGGCGUAUUAGUGCUUUAACUUUGUAGUUGAUUAUCUUUCAACCAGGUGUAUUAGUACUUUAACUCUGUAGUCCGUUAUCUUUCAGCCUAUUGUAUUAGUGCUUUAACUCUGUAGUCUGUUACCUUUCAACCAGGUGAAUUAGUACUUUAACUCUGUAGUCUGCUACCUUUCAACCAGGUGUAUUUGUACUUCAACUCAAGUAUUGGGGGUUGUGCAGUCGGCCCCCCUCUGCUUCUAGUGCCUAUACUCGAUGCUGUGUCUGUAACUCACAGGUAGGGGGCGCCACUAACCCCAGUAACGAUAUGACCCUGCAGCGGUUCCAUGCCUUGACGAUGGACCCAUGAGCAAGCUGCUCCUCUCAUUAGCGCCUCGUUAGAUAGUAGCGCUGCUACUAUCGACAUACAGGCCCACUUAGUUAGAACCAGGACAACUGUGAGCAGACUCUGCUUCAAACAACAGCUUUCCCGUGGUCUCCUGGCAACGGGGACCAUCCCAGGACCUCUGUGGCUGCUUCUCUCUCUCAAGAGACAGAGAUAAAGACAGGGAGAGAGGUGCCAGCUGAAUGUGUCUCAUCAAGUCGAGACGUACACUCCUCCACGCAUCUCUCUAGAGAAGAGAAGGAACCGGAGACAGACAGACAGAGAGAGAGAGAGAGAGAGAGAGAGAGCGAGAAAGAGGGAACAUGGAGGAGAAGAAGGAAGGGGAUCCAGGUGCACAACAGGUGUCUGUAGCAGAGUCUUCCUCCUGCUGUGUCACUGUGGCUGAGCGAUGUCCGAAACCCCGCGGCCUCCUCAACCUCCUCGUCACCAAGAUGUGUCUGCUGGCUCUGCUGUUCGGGGUGGUGUGGUCCAUCACAGGGCCUGAGUGUCUCCCAGGGGGCAACCUCUUCGGCAUCACCAUCCUCUUCAUCAGCUCCGUGCUGGGAGGGAAGCUGGUGGGGAUGGUCCAACUGCCCACACUGCCCCCCUUCCCCCCGCUGCUUGGCAUGCUGCUGGCCGGUCUAGUCCUGCGUAACGUUCCCUACGUGACGGAUGCGGUCUACAUCGACACCCAGUGGUCCGCUGCUCUGAGGAACGUGGCUCUGGCCGUCAUACUGACCCGGGCCGGGCUGGGGUUGGACCCUUCGGCUCUGCAGCGCCUCAAAGCCGUGUGCAUCCGGCUGGCCGUCGGACCCUGUGUGGUGGAGGCUUGCACGGUCGCCGUGAUUUCCCACUUCCUGCUGGGCCUGCCCUGGGUGUGGGGCUUCAUACUGGGGUUUGUGCUGGCCGCGGUGUCCCCCGCUGUGGUGGUCCCCUCCAUGCUGCUGCUCCAGAAGGAGGGCUACGGGGUGGAGAAGGGCAUCCCCACGCUGCUCAUGGCUGCUGGAAGCUUUGAUGACAUCCUGGCUAUCACCGGCUUCUCCACCUGCCUUGGCAUGGCCUUCUCCACAGGCUCCACGUGGAUGAACCUGCUGAAGGGGGUGAUGGAGGUGGUGGGAGGGGUGGUGGCCGGGCUGCUCCUGGGGGCCUUCAUCAGCUGUUUCCCUAGCGACGACCAGGAGGACGUGGUGGUGAGGAGGGGCACCAUGCUGCUGGGUCUGUCUGUGUUCUCCGUCUUCUUCAGUCACGUGGUGGGCUUCGCGGGGGCCGGGGGUCUGUGCACCCUGGUCCUCUCCUUCCUGGCUGCUCUCGCCUGGAAAACCGACAAGGCCUCGGUCGCAGCGCUAGUGGGCCGGUCCUGGGACGUCUUCCAGCCCCUCCUCUUUGGUCUGAUUGGAGCGGAGAUAACCAUAGCAACGCUCAGUGCUAGAACCGUUGGUCUAGGUAUAGCCUGCAUCUCCCUGGGUCUGGUUCUUCGUCUGCUGGUCACCUACCUGCUGGUCCACUGGGCCGGCUUCAACCUCCGGGAGAAGUUCUUCAUCUCUGUGGCCUGGUUGCCAAAAGCCACUGUACAGGCGGCUAUAGGCUCCAAGGCCCUGGACAUGGCGCGUGAGGGGGGGGACGAGGUGCUGAUUGGCUACGGUCAAACCGUGCUAACGCUAGCUGUGCUAGCAAUCCUCACCACCGCUCCUAUCGGGGCCCUGGGCAUUGGCCUGGCUGGUCCCCGCAUGCUGCACAGAACACUCCCAGAUGAGUCAGUGGGCGGAGCCCCACCUAAAGAGGGACUUUUGCCUGGUCCAGAGAAGGAGGUAGUCUUUUAUGAGAGUAAACUUUAGUGGACCAUCAUGUUAAAGCUUGACUAUGUUGGACUCUGUUGUCCUGUAUGUUUCUGAGAUAUUAUAAUGUACGAGUUUCCCAAAUGACAUGUAAUCAAAAUGUAAUUCACAUAUAAUUGACAUGCGUAUUAACCUGCAUUAAAAUUGGCUGCCUGGAAAUGUUAUUGUGAAGGUCUGGGGCAGGAUCACAUGAUCUGAUUCUUGCCUCUGACUGCAAAAUGCUAUUUAUAUGUGUGAGUGUGUGUGUGACUGAAGAACACCAAUAAAAUGGAUUUUCCUAC